AUGUCUACAAAGCUAUUUCAGCAGGAAGCACUGUACAGUGUGGAGUUCCUGGGCACGUGCUGCCUUGCUCUUGAUCCUCUAAGCUCCUCCCUGGGGAGCCCCAGAGCUGCACUGCCCUGUCCCUCAGAUGCUGCAGCAGGCGGCUUCCAGUCAGGACGAAGCUUGUUGCACUCUCUGGGGGGCCUCCUAGGACUUCUAAAUUCACUGUGCUUACUGCCCCAUCUUCCAGGCUUGGAAGUGCUUCUGACCGGGGUCCACCUGCUGGCCCUGCCAUUUAUCAGAGGGGAGAUCAUGAGUGUCUCUUGUCCUGGGGGUCUCGUUUUCCUUAGCUGUAAAUGA